UGUAUUUGGAUUUUGCUGGUGAUUGGUCAACAAUGGCCUAAGAAGUAGGCUAUGCGAUAUUAAAUGAUAUAUUUGUUUAUAAUGAAUCAUUUUUUAUUUUACGCUUAAUAUAAAGUUAUUGCAGUAUAUUGGCAUGUUAUUUUAAGACAAAAGUAAAUUUUGUCAAAAUGUCGGAGAAGGAUAAAGCGAAAGGGAAUACCCAAACAAAACACAUUCCAAAAGAUGCACAUGUAAUAAUGUCUAUAAUGAAAGAAGUGGGCAUCACGGACUAUGAACCCCGUGUUGUAAACCAAUUGCUAGAAUUUACCUACAGAUACGUUACAUCUGUGUUGGAUGACGCUCGAGUAUUCGCCAAUCAUGCGAAGAAGAAGACAAUAGACCUCGAUGAUGUCAGGUUAGCGGUGCAGAUGCAGUUAGAUAAAUCAUUUACAAGCCCUCCACCAAGGGAAGUCCUACUGGAAUUGGCUAGAGUAAAAAAUGUGAAUCCACUUCCAUUAAUUAAACCACAUUGUGGGCUAAGAUUGCCACCUGAUCGUUACUGUCUCUCAGCAUGUAACUAUCGCUUGAAAUCCGUUCAAUCAAAGAAAGUGGCAUCUAAACCAGUUGUUUCUGCUCCAAUCAAAACGAUUACAUCAUCAAAGUCAAACAGUCAAAAUGUUGUUAUGAAGAGAUCUCAAGGACCUAUUAAUGUUAGUUCUAAGGGAAAUGUGGCCCCUAAACCAGUUCUUAAAUUCACUUCUGGAAGUAAGGUUGUUGCAAAACCAGCAGUGCGGGUGACAUCAGGCCCUCCACAACAAAAUCCAGUUAAAAUGGAAAUAGAUGAAGUGUCCCACAAAAGGAAAAGGGAUGAUGAUGACUAUGACAUGUAACAUUGAAUUUUUUAAGAAUCCUUCACCACUCUUGACACCAAGCUUUCCUUCAGCAACUAAUUUAUUAAGGGUGGGAAUUGGACGGAAUAGUGGUUGAUCAGGGUAUUUCUUGGCCCACCCAUCAAGAAUGAACUUGGUUGUAUCAAGUCCAACAUAGUCUGCUAAUUCUAUGGGGCCCAUUGGGUAUGCUGCACCCAGUUUCAUUGCUAUGUCAAUGUCUUGUGCAGAAGCAUCACCUGAAUAGAUAAAAACAAUUUGACAUUAAAUUAAUGAGAAUUUUAA